AUGUCACGCUCGAAUAGCGAAAAGGCCGCGCCUAGCAUUGAAAAAAUUGAGGACGUCAACCAGCUUGUCCUGAACGAUGUCGAUUGCGAUGAAGAAUACUCCUACGCUGAGCAGCGGAAGAUUAUUCACCGCGUUGAUCGACGUCUGGUGACAAUGACUGGUUUAGCAUACUGUGUCUCGCUCAUGGACAGAACCAAUCUCAGUAUGGCCGCUGUGGCAGGAAUGACCAAGGACCUGGGAUUAUAUGUUGGUCAGCGCUACUCUGUUAUCGUGCUUAUAUUCUUCGUCCCCUACGUUAUAUUCCAGCCCCCUAUGACAAUAAUCACCCGGAAGGUGGGUCCUACUUUCUUCCUGGGUACCAUUGUCGUACUCUGGGGAGCGAUUCUGGUUGAUAUUUUCCCGGAUGUGUGUACCUCUUGUCAAGUUGGUACACUCGCUAAACGCUUCUCGGUCUUUUAUCUUAUUGGCUGUGUUGCCUCCGCCUUCGCCGGUAUUCUUGCAUUUGGACUGAUGCAGAUGGGUGGACUCCAAGGCCUCGAGGGCUGGAGAUGGAUUUUUAUCAUGGAGGGCGUGAUUACCGCUCUGAUCGGCGUUUUGGCCCUUAUCUUCCUAGUCGACUUCCCAGACAGGGCACACAAAUCAUGGAGGUUCCUCAGCAAGAAGGAAAGCGCAUUCAUUGUGCGACGUAUCAACCGGGACAGGUCGGACGCCAACGAGGAGCCGUUUAGUCUCAAACGGUUCCUUUCACCUGCACUCGAUUUGAAGAUCUGGGGAUUCGCGAUGAUUUUCUUCUGCACGACAACGGUGACCUACGCCAUCGCGUAUUUCCUUCCGAUCAUCCUGGAAAAGGGCAUGGGAUACAAGGUGGGCGCUGCACAGUGCCUUAUUGCACCACCAUACGCUGCGGCCGGGAUCGUCAUGUACGGGACAGCCUGGGUGGGCGAUCGGUACCGCUUGCGAGGGGCCAUCGUCGUUUUCAACGCCUGUCUCUGCAUCAUCGGGCUACCGAUCAUGGGGUUUGCUGAGGGCAAUGCUGCACGAUACGUCGGGGUGUUCUUCAGCGUGAUGGGAUCCAACUCGAACAUUCCGGCCGUGAUGGCCUACCAAGCCAACAAUGUGCGCGGGCAGUGGACGCGGGCAUUAUCCAGCGCGACCCUCGUGGGAUUCGGGGGGAUUGGAGGGAUCGUGAGCAGUCUGGUUUUCCGAUCUCAGGAUGCGCCGAAUUACCGACCGGGCGUGUGGACGACUAUUGCAUGUAAUAUAUUGAUGAUGGUGAUUGUGGCAAGCCUGAGCCUGUGGUUUCGGUACUCGAACAAGCAAGCCAAUGAGGGAAAACGGGUGAUUGAAGGGGAUCCUGAAUUCCGAUAUACGCUCUAG